AUGGCACCACAAGCGACCAUAAGUUCAUCUCGCGACCGUCACAAUAGAGAAUGGGCCUGUUUUUGUACAGCUACGCUUCUCGUUACAGCUGUGCCAUCAGUGGGCAUGUCGGGUGCGGGGAAAAAGCGGGCCCGUAAAGAAGAUACCCCAUAUGACGACUGUGAUGCCGGCAGUUGGGAAUGCACGGUGUGCACAUAUCGAAAUCGAUUCGAGGCUUUCAAGUGCGAAAUGUGUGAUACAAGGAAAGGGACCUCUACACGGAAACCUCGCUUGAACGAAAAUGUUGUCCAGAUGCAAAAAGUAGUGCAAAAUUUUGUAGUACAGCAACAAGAGAAGGCAGCGAGCAGCUUCAAACGACGAGCACAUCAGAGUGUCGGAUCGCCAUCGACCUCUAGACAUUCACCAGAGUCUUCCUCCAGUGGUUCCGCAGUUCGAAGUCUAAACACUCAUGGAGGAGUGGUGAAAAAUCGCCGAAGAAUGGUUUUAGUAUCCGACCAUCUAAUUUACAGAACGUUCCCGAAAAAAAUUACCGUGGUGGUCAAUGGAGUGCCUGCAACGAUCACAGAAUUUCGUCGAAAACCGAUUUCUUCCGAAAGAGUACGUCGACAACACUUCGAGCAAGUACCAUUAGCACAGGCUGCAUCGAAGAGUUGA